UAAAUAAAUGAAACACCAAACCAUCAACACGACGUGUUUAAGAAUUGUUUACAGGCGGUUUGUUCGGUCUUUGUUUUUAAACAUAUAUAACGUAAGUUUUAUCGCUUUGUGGUCAUUGCUAAUAAAUAUUUUGUCUUGAGGAAACAGAAUUGUGCCUGUUUUGUACUUUGACACGUGAGGAAGUCUAGAAAAGAAUUUGACACGCCGGUGUAAGACGUUUUGGAGAGAAAUGAGAUAAAACUACGUCUUUGUCUUGUAAUAGAAGCCGUGAUUCAGCAUCACUAUGAGUUUACGGAUCCUGCUGCACGUGCGCGGCGGUGUCCGGCUCGUGUCCACGCGUCAGGCGCACGAGCUCGCGUCACUACGCCACGUGUCUAUGCUGCCUGAGGAAAAGCGCGUGGGCCUCCUGUAUCCGUUCAGCAGGCUGGACUCACACCUGUCACGACAAGUAGACAAGACACGGUUUUAUCUCUUCCAGCCCGACCUGGAAGACCUCGAGUGUGCUGAGAGACUUUUCACUCCAUCUCACAAACACCAGAUAUUCUACUCUUCAUCAGCUGUGCGCAUAGACCAUGUGCCUGAACCUACACAGCCAGAGGUGUGUUUCAUAGGCAGGAGCAAUGUUGGCAAGUCGUCUCUCAUCCGGGCCAUGUUCUCUUUCGCACCAGAGGUUGAAGUACGGGUUUCCAAAACACCAGGGCACACAAAAAAGCUUAAUUUUUUCACAGUGGGUAAAGCAUUCACUUUGGUUGACAUGCCUGGCUAUGGAUACAGAGCCCCAAAAGACUUUGUGGACAUGGUUGAGCCUUACCUUCAAGAGCGAAAAAAUCUUAUGAGGACUUUCUUGUUGGUGGAUGGAGAUGUUGGACUGCAAAAGUUUGAUUUGGUUGCUGUGGAGAUGUGUGAAGAGUUUGGUAUUCCUUAUGUGAUGGUGGUGACUAAGAUAGACAAAACCCGUCAGGGGGCUCUGCUGUCCUUUCUCCUGCAGCUCCAUGAUUUUAUCAAGCAUAAAACAAGCACAUGUUUCCCACAGCCCUUUCUUGUGAGUUCUGUGCAAUACUCAGGCAUCCACGUCUUGAGGUGCUUUAUAGCGCACGUGACCGGAAAUCUCCAGCUGAGAUCCAAACUGACCUGAGAACCAUACAGAUGGAUAAAACAUGAUCUACGCUGAUUCAGACAUAGCAGCAUCUAUGGCCUGCGUUUCCUGAAGUUGGUGGCUGAUCAGUUCAAGCCUGGAUCAAAAUGAUGUUUGACUCCUUGCUAUAGCAAUAUGGAAGAUACCUGCACACUGUUUCUCUGCUUUCAGCUGGGCACAACAAGGAUAGAUUACACGGCU